UUGGUAAAAACAUGACAAGGAAGACAUGUGUCUGCGUCUUCCUGCUGCUCAUCUUCCACUACAUCUGUGGUCUAAGAGAGUGGAAAGUUAUACACCAUGGUGAAUCAAAGAGUUGGGGAGAAGCCCAGUCCAGCUGCAGGAAGAAGCACCUUGAUCUGGUCACAGUCAGAAAUGAAGAUGAAAAUCUGGCAUUGGCUCCAUACAGUGGCUGGAUUGGAUUGUACCAAGACAAGGAUGGAAGCCCAUGGAAAUGGUCCUUUAGAGACGAAAGGCCCACGUUUUUCAAAUGGAGGACUCCAGCACACGAUCCAAACCAAAACUGCGGCUAUAUAAGGUCUUCGACCAACAGGUGGGAGGACGACUUGUGUAGUUUUGAACGCUCCUACAUAUGUUAUGAAGAGACGCUGGUUCUGGUGAAGGAAAACAAAACCUGGGAAGAGGCAUUAGAGCGCUGCAGGUCUCUGAGCGGAGCACAAAGCUACGACCUGGCAACCCUCGUCACCAACGACGACCACGACUUCGCACGAGAGAAAGCUCAAACUGCUACCACUGAGGAGGUGUGGACGGGCCUGCGUUACCUUGGUGAUGAGUGGGUCUGGGUGGGUGGAGAACCGGUGCAGUACCAGGAUUUUCCAAGCUGCCCGGCUGAGAGGUGUGGAGUCCUGGAGAAGAACAGGAACUCAUCCUUCGGCAUCAGAGACUGCAAUGAGAGGAGGAACUUCUUCUGUUACAUAAAACCUUAAAUCCCGUAGAAAAACUAUCUGAUGAAAAGAGGCUCUUCAUUCAUUAACUUAAACUAGCUGGAUGGAUGGAUGGCAAGAAUAAGCCAUGUUAGAAGCUUUCUAUUCAAAGAACUCUAGUUGCUGUAUUAAUGUAUACAUAUAUAUCUUAGAAACACUAGAAUCUUUGCAGCCGUUUGAUGGUUAAAAUCUAUAUUUUCAUAGGAGCUUCCUCUGUUACAAAAAUCCUGAAAACCCCUGAAAGCCUGAUGACGUCAUCUCCUCUUACUGUUUUUAUGAAAAAUACUCACCUAUUAGGAAUUAAA